AUGAUCGUCGGCGAUUUCAACUUUCCGGGUAUCCGUUGGACACGCAUCCCGACGAACAAAUUGCUACCAAAUCUUGCUCUCACCCCCUCGAACAAGCUUAAACAUGAUCUCCUGGACGAAUAUUCGACUGCGAACCUGAGCCAGUUAAACGACCUGUGCAACAGCUCCAACAACGUGCUCGACCUUUGCUUUGCCAGCUCGAAAGUACCUGUCAACUGUGCCCUCCUCCCAGCACCUUCACCUCUCGUGAAAGACGUUCGUCACCACUUGCCCUUCCUGGUUUCUAUCUCGUGUACAGUGUUCACCUUUAGUGACACGAACGGUAGUACCUUCAUAGACUACCGCAAUGGUAACUACGAAGGUAUGAACGAAUUCUUGGCAACCGUUAACUGGACUCGACUGAUGGCCAAUCUCGACGCCAACGAAGCUGCUGUUACCUGGACGGAAAUUUUGACGCAAGCUAUCAACGUCUUCAUCCCGAAGAAACAGCGGCAACCUCCUCAACAUCCACCAUGGUCUACUCACCGCCUGAAGAAGCUGAAGACCGUGAAACGUGCCGCACUCAAGAAAUAUGCCAAGCAUCCGACAGAUCGUUGGAAAAACCACUACAGAGCUAAGAACCGGAAGUACAGUUUGUUAAACAACCAACUUUUUCGCCGCCACCUGAACCGCAUCCAGAGCCGCUUGAAACGUGAACCCAACAAGUUUUGGAACCACGUCAACGAGCAGCGGAAGGAAACUGGUCUCCCAACCUCGAUGGUACUCGACGGUGAUGAGGCUACAACCACCGAGAGUAUUUGCGACCUUUUCCGGCGCCAGUUCUGCAGUGUCUUCAAUAACGAAACUGUAGCAGACUCGCAAGUCGCUAGGGCUGCUAGUAACGUUCCACUGAGACCUCCCAUCGGACCUCAUCCGGUGAUAAGCCCCGAGUCCGUUCGCCGUGCCUGCACCCGCCUGAAGAGUUCCAACAGCUGUGGACCGGAUGGCAUCCCCGCGGUUGUGCUCAAAAAGUGUUGCGAUGCACUCGCGGAACCGCUGGCUCAACUCUUCAACACCUCGCUUUCCACCGGAGUUUUCCCAUGUUUCUGGAAGAAGUCGUUUUUGUUCCCUGUUCACAAAAAGGGGCCUAAACGUGACGUCCGGAACUACCGCGGAAUCGCUGCCCUCUGCGCUGUAAGCAAGCUCUUCGAAGUCAUUGUGCUAGACUUCAUCAAGUUCAACUGUUGUGAUUAUAUCGCCCAGGAUCAGCAUGGCUUUAUGGCGAAACGUUCUACCAGUUCCAAUCUGGUCACCUAUUCGUCCUUCAUCCUACGAACCAUGCAGAAACGGAAACAAAUUGACGCCAUCUACACGGAUCUAUCGGCAGCAUUCGACAAGCUAAACCACCUGUUCACCUUUAGUGACACGAACGGUAGUACCUUCAUAGACUACCGCAAUGGUAACUACGAAGGUAUGAACGAUUUCUUGGCAACCGUUAACUGGACUCGACUGAUGGCCAAUCUCGACGCCAACGAAGCUGCUGUUACCUGGACGGAAAUUUUGACGCAAGCUAUCAACGUCUUCAUCCCGAAGAAACAGCGGCAACCUCCUCAACAUCCACCAUGGUCUACUCACCGCCUGAAGAAGCUGAAGACCGUGAAACGUGCCGCACUCAAGAAAUAUGCCAAGCAUCCGACAGAUCGUUGGAAAAACCACUACAGAGCUAAGAACCGGUAG